CAGCAGCCUCACUGGGGACCACGUGAGGCGUUGCCAGCCUACGGGACGCUGCGUAGCCCCAGGGGACCAUGGCCGCCCGCAGCGCUAACAACAUGCCGCUGGACCCAGUGCGGCUGAACCAGCUCCUGUGCGAACGGGUGAGGAAGGAGCUGAAGUACCAGCGGCUGCACACAGAGUACAGCGUGAAUCCGCUCCAACCAGUUCACACUAUCACCAGGAAGCCUAUGUCAUGGCAUGAUAAUAUAGAAGAGCCAGCAGAUGAAAAGUUUCUGAAUCUUAUUCACCAUGCAGCACUGGAACCAACAAAGAAAUAUUCAGAGCCACAAACUGAAAGUCAAGAAAUUGGCUGGAACACAAAACCUUUGGUCCCUAUGGACCGUACCGAUUGCAGAUUCUACUUCCCACGCCGGAAAACUGAGGUCACUAAAUAAAUGGCUGCCACAAGCCAUGGGGAGGAGCAGUCUGAGAACCUGCAGCAGUAGAGUGGCAAUGCCACACAACUUAGAAGCAGUUACUGACAUCUAACAUAUUAGGCCCUGCUUGUCAUUAGGUGAGUCUGGUACGUUUCUGCCAAGAGAAAAUGUGAGAAAAGGGAAGAGGGAACCUCAGUCUGUCCAGAAUUGUGGCCUGACAAUAGUUACAGAAAUAAACCUGUUUGUAAGAUUGCUGCA